AUGGACCGGUACCAACGCAUCGAGAAGGGCGGCUCCAUCGGCGAGGGCACAUACGGCGUCGUGUACAAGUCGCUGGACCUCAAGACCAAGAAAGUUGUGGCGCUCAAGCGCAUCCGCCUCGAGACGGAGGACGACGGUAUUCCCAGUACUGCACUGCGUGAGAUCUCGGUACUUCGUGAAUUGGAGCACUGCAACAUCGUGAGUUUGCUGGAUUGUCUGCAAGAGGAUGGCAAGCUCUUCCUCGUCUUCGAGUUCAUGGAUAAAGAUCUCAAGCGAUACAUGGAGCACACACUUGGCAAGCUUGAACCCGCACAGAUCAAGAGCUUUUUGUACCAAUUGCUCAAAGGACUCGCCUUUUCACACUCUCGGGGCAUCAUGCAUCGGGAUCUGAAGCCGCAGAACUUGCUAGUGAACGCGACAGGAGAGCUCAAGAUCGCCGACUUUGGUCUGGCGCGUGCAUUCAGCCUCCCCAUCAAGAAAUACACGCACGAAGUGGUAACGCUUUGGUACCGUGCACCCGAGAUCCUAUUGGGUCAGGAGGUGUAUUCUCCACCAGUGGACAUUUGGUCCGUCGGCGUCAUCUUUGCCGAGAUGGUGACCAAGAAGCCGCUUUUUCCAGGCGAUUCGGAAAUUGACCAGCUCUACCGUAUCUUCCGAACUUUUGGCACGCCGAAUGAGGCGACGUGGCCAGGUGUCACCAAGCUGCGCGACUACGCAUCUACGUUCCCGAAGUGGAGGAAGAAAGACAUGCGAGAACUCUUCCCUCAACUAGACGAGAGUGGACUUAACUUGCUGGAGGUAAGACAGUCUUCGCACUAA